AAUCCGGUGGUGAAACGGAAUGUACAGUACAUCGAAAAUGGCGGCACUAAGCUUGAAUGGUUUUCCCUCCUCCAUAAGAGUUGAAUUUCCCUCUAUUCACCUGAAACUCAAACAAGCACAGUUCCCAUCCUCUUCGUUUCGAAUCCCUAAGGUUCACACUAUUAGUAUUAUCUGCUGUGCCCCAAAGUCAAAUACUGUUCCGCAUUCCUCUUCCUCAUCCAACAAAAACAGAAACAAUAAGAACAAGAACAAGAACAAGCAGAAUAGCAAUAAGAGUAACGGUGGCGCUGCUGAUUCCAACUCCACUUCCAAUUCUUCUCUGCCUACGCCAUUACCGAAACCGCCAGCUGGAUUUAUUGUAGACGAAUGCGGCAAGGUUCUCACCGCUUCCAAAGAUCGACUCGCCACUCUCGUUGAUCCAACAAACAACCUUCCACUAGAGGGUGUCAUAAGGAGAGUGUUCAAGAGUUCUCAAGGUGAUGAAUGUAUGUUGCUUUGCCCGGUUGACAUGCCUGUCCAGAUAUUAAAGAGCACUGGUGUUGGAUGGUCGGAUGUCGGUGAUGAGGAACUUGGAUCUAUUCUGCCUGCUGCUGCUUAUGCACUUGCCAAGUUACGCAUGUAUCUGGUUCAUAGUGGAUACUGUUAUACUGCUCGUGGUGGUUUUUGUUAUUCAGAAGAGGACAUAUUUGACUUUCAUGCAGAUGGUAAAGAGGAUGGCUUGCCGACUGAAGGUGUAGAAAUUACUCACUUCAAUAUGGAAGGAGAACACUACAUGAUAUAUACACCUUCUGAUCCGCUUCUUUUUGUUGCUGUGAAGGAUCAGAACGGGAUGUUGCAAAUUGCCGAUGAUGAACUGCUUGAGGAUCCUGCUGUCAUUAGCGCCAUAGAUGAAGAGACUGAAUUUAAUGCUUUGGUGGAGGAAGAAGCUGCUCUCCUCGACUCGCUGUUGGGUAAAAGAUAACCAACCAUAUAUACUUUCUGCACUAGAGCUGUCCCAAUGUUUUGCUUGUAGUAUUUUUCCUCUGGAAUGCCACGACCUGGCCUAAUUGCAGAUCGGCAAAUAUCUGGGGGAUAGAACGUCUCCUUUUGUGUAUAUGAUCAAUUUUGUAUGUAUGCCUAUGAUAUAUUUUAGUAAGGAUUGAGUACAGCAUCAUUUAUUUACGGCUCCUUUUUUUUUAGUGUGUUAGCAGGCACUAUU